AUGAAAUAAUUUCUCCAAUUUCAAGUGUUGUACUAAAAACCAAAAUGGUUGAAAAGAAAAAGAAAGAGAAAACAAAAACAAUAAUGGAUGUUGUCAUCUCUGUUCCGCCGUGUUAAAGAGUAAAGAGAAAAUUUGAAGCAGUGUCAAAGAAAAAAGUAAUCUUCCAAGAAAUUGGAAAACAACAAAAAGAGGAAAAGGAGAGUUGGAAGUUCCAAAUUGGAGAACAACAAACGUAAUAAUUACAGGACUUCUUCUGUAAUUCAUGGUGUGUAUUGAGGGCAUGCCCGUAUUUCCCUUCCCCUCCAUUUUACUCAACUUCAUCUUUUGUUUGUUCUUCUUCAAUUUAUCACUCACAAAUCCCUAAAAUCUUGUUCCAACUUUCACUCAACUUGCAAUAACCCCUUUAUAGUUCUAUCUGAAUCCAACCAUCGUUUCCAGUUCUUUGUCACAUUCCGUUUCCAGUUCUUUUGUGUUCAAUUUGAGGAACAACCAUGUGUGGAGGUGCUAUCAUUUCUGAUUUUAUUCCACCAUCAUGCUCUAAUCGGGUCACCGCCGAUCACCUUUGGCCGAAUUUGAAGAAACCUAAAUCAGGGAAACAUUCGUCCCCUAGGUCCCUCAGGUCGCGGAUCUUCGAUGUUGAUGAUUUUGAGGCUGAUUUCCGGGACUUCAAGGAUGAGUCUGACGUUGAAGAUGAAGAUGAUUUCUCGGAUAUUAAACCUUUCCUUUUCUCUACUCCUAAUUCCGCCUGCUCAUCCACUCGCGGAUCAAGUGCUACAAAAUCUUUGGAGUUCAAUGAGCAAGCUGAGAAGUCUGCAAAUACUAAGAGGAAGAACCAAUAUAGGGGAAUAAGGCAGCGUCCUUGGGGUAAGUGGGCUGCUGAGAUCCGAGACCCCAGGAAAGGGGCCCGUGUAUGGCUUGGUACUUUCAAUACUGCAGAAGAAGCUGCAAGAGCAUAUGAUGCUGAGGCGCGGAGAAUUCGAGGCAACAAAGCCAGGGUGAAUUUCCCUGACGAACCUUUGCCUAAUACUCAGAAGCGGAAAAACUCACAGAAAGCAAAACAACAUAUCAAGGAAAACGUGAAAGCAAACCAACAUCCAAAUCAAAACUACUCUGGAACCACUGGUUUUCUGGAAGUAAAGCCUCCAACUGAUCAAGUUGGAUACAUGGACUCAUUCCCUGCUAGUAUGGAUAGUUCUCCAUCGGACGAUAUGGUCAUGUAUUUUAACUCAGACGAGGGAAGUAACUCUAUUAGCUGUUCAGGUUUUGGAAUGGGAGAUCAUGGCGUCAAGACUCCUGAAAUCUCUUCUGUCUUCUCAGCUACUGACUCUGAGUUCACAGAGGACAUGCAUACAAGGAAGAAACAAAGGUGUAGUUCAGGGGACGCCAUAACUGCUGAAGAUGUAGGUGCUAGUGCUAAGACUCUUUCAGAAGAGCUUUCUGCCUUCGAGUCCCAGAUGAAGCUUUUUCAGAUGCCGUACCUGGACGGGAACUGGGAUGAUUCAAUGGAUGCCUUCCUUGGUGGGGGUGCGACUCAAGAUGGUGGUAACUCAUUGGACCUUUGGAGUUUUGAUGACCUCCCUGCUAUGGCUGGAGGAGUGUUUUAAGCAAAGUUUGCUUUUGCCGUCUGGUUCAUGUAAAUAAAGCUACAAUGUUAGUCAUUUUGUUCCUUAACCGCCUCUUCCCAGUUCACUUAAAUUGUUUGAAAUGCUGUUGAUCUGAUCUGUUGUUGCUGCUACGUGUAGGAAGUGGAUGUCAUCGAUGAUUGUCGUCAAUUGUUCCCAAUGCAAUUUUUUAUGCUGUAGCUAAUGGCCUAGGAUUUUCAAGUCGAUUCAGGUAGCAAUACCUGGAAAACCUUGAAUCGGGGAUACUCUUUUGUGUUAAGUCUGUAUCAACUAUAUGUUCUGUAUUGUUGUACCAUAAAAUUUGGUUGCCGUCUUUGCUAUUGAUGUUUUUUACAUCAGGAAA